GCGGAGCACGAGGUUCCGCGGAGGCCGACGGGGAGCGGGGAGAACGGCGGCGGCGGCGGCGCCGCUGCGGGCAGCAUGGAGGCGGAUGAAGAGAAGGCGGGCGGCGGGCGCAAUGGCCACGCCGAGGGCCCGGCGGCGGCGGCGGCUGAGCGGGGCGGCGGCGGGAGGCGGCUGCGGGGUUGCCGGGGCUUCCUGCGGCGUAACGCGCUGGUGCUGCUGACCGUGUCGGGGGUAGUGGCCGGCGUGGCGUUGGGCACCGCGGUGCGGGGAGCCGGGCUUGGGCCGGCGCAGGUGGCUUACCUGGCCUUCCCGGGAGAGAUGCUGCUGCGGAUGCUGCGCAUGGUGAUCUUGCCCCUGGUGGUCUGCAGCCUGGUGUCGGGAGCCGCCAGCCUGGACACCCGCUCGCUCGGCCGCCUGGGUGGCAUCGCCCUCGCCUAUUUUCUCGGCACCACGCUGCUGGCCUCCGGGCUCGCCGUCGCCCUCGGCUUUAUCGUCCGCCCCGGAGCCGGCGCCUCCGGCCUCAGCGCACCCGGGCUGGGGCUGUCCGGCGCCGUGCCCACCAGCAAGGAGACGGUGGACUCCUUCCUUGACCUCGUCAGAAACCUGUUUCCUUCAAAUCUUGUUGCUGCAGCUUUCCAAACGUAUGCGACAGAUUAUAAGAUGGUGCUCAGAAACACUACCUCUGGAAAUGUCACACUAGAAAAGAUCCCUGUCGGUACUGAGAUUGAAGGGAUGAACAUCCUGGGACUGGUGCUGUUUGCUCUGGUUUUAGGAGUAGCACUGAAAAAGCUUGGUCAGGAAGGGGAAGAUCUGAUUCGCUUCUUUAAUUCAUUCAAUGAAGCAACUAUGGUCUUGGUUUCCUGGAUUAUGUGGUAUGUACCUAUUGGCAUUAUGUUCCUUGUUGGGAGCAAGAUCGUGGAAAUGGAAGAUAUUGUGCUUCUGGUGACCAGUCUGGGAAAAUACAUCUUUGCCUCUAUUCUGGGCCACUUCAUCCAUGGAGGAAUCAUUCUGCCACUUAUUUAUUUUGCAUCCACACGUCAAAAUCCCUAUCGGUUUCUCUUAGGCCUUAUCACACCUUUUGCCACUGCUUUUGCCACUUGCUCCAGCUCGGCCACUCUCCCAUCAAUGAUCAAGUGUAUUGAGGAGAACAAUGGAGUAGACAAAAGGAUCAGCAGGUUUAUCCUUCCCAUCGGGGCAACUGUAAACAUGGAUGGAGCUGCUAUUUUUCAGUGCAUGGCAGCUGUGUUUAUUGCUCAGCUGAAUAAUGUCGACCUCAACCCUGGGCAGAUCUUCACAAUUCUUGUGACAGCUACAGCAUCCAGCGUGGGUGCAGCCGGGAUCCCAGCCGGAGGAGUCCUCACCAUCGCCAUCAUCUUGGAGGCCAUUGGACUUCCCACCAAUGAUCUCUCCUUGAUAUUAGCAGUGGACUGGAUUGUGGACCGAACCACCACAGUUGUUAACGUGGAAGGGGAUGCCCUAGGAGCGGGCAUCCUUAAUUACCUGAAUGAAAAAGAAAAGAAAGGAAAAGAGCAGGAGCUAAAGGAAGUCAACGUGGAAGCAGUUGCUAACAGCAAGUCUGAAGGGGAAACAUCACCUUUGGUAACCCACAAAAACCCUGUCUCCAACACAACCAGUACUGCAGAUCCUGAAUCCAAGGAAUCAGUAUUGUGAACUAGAGGCCGUUCAUCAACGCCUGUCCUAGAGGUGGACCAGGGACUUGUUAACACACCUAGACAUCUGCAGUACUAGCAAGGGCUGCAUGGCUCUUGAAAGUUUUUAAUUCCAGUCUGUUUUGAAAUACGCUGGGGAAAGGGAGGGAGAGGGAGGUGGGGUGGGCAGAGAAAGGGGUGUUGAUAACACUCACUUUAUAAGAGUAUUUUGAUAAUUUGUAUGUAUAUGUGUAUGUGUGUUGCACGUGCACACACACGUAUACGAGUAUAUGAAAACAAUCCCAUUGAGACUUCUGGUUUAACAAGACUUCUGUUAGUAAAGGCACAUAUGGGCUGGAGAUGAGGAAAAUUACAAACCCAGUAUGUGCUUUUUGUAGGGAACAAUUAGUAAGCUUUUUGUGCUGCUGUUCAAAUGGAGAUGCAGUCUAGAAACUCCAGAGUGAGUGAAAAUGAAAAUGUUGCUUAAAUUUAGUUUCUGUCCUGGAAACACCUACAGCCAUUAGAGAAAUGAUAUGCAGCAACAUUUUGCUUCCACUCCCCUUCCCCUCCUGUUCUCUGAUCUCUUAAAACCAUCAGCUAUAUCCUGAAAACUAGCUUUUUCUUUCUAAAAAAAAUUUUGUUUCGUAUCUGAAUUAAUAGCUUAUUUAGGGGGACAACCCAUGUUCCAUUCCCUCACUGCAUUGCAGCUCAUUGCAGCUUUCCUUCCUUUUGGUGAAUAACUCCCGAAUUUGGGACCAAACAUAGGAGAUCAUGCAGAUUAAGGACUGGUUUGUUUUUUUUUCUUUUCCUUUCUGCUAACCAAGCUGUUCAGGAAAAAAUCCAGAGGAAACACAGAUUUUGUUAAAGUAAUCCCUCUAGGGUUGAAAAAAAUACAGAGUCUGUUCCAGCAUAAAUAUGCCUGAGAGAGGCUUGCCUGUGGCAACAUGAAGAAAUCAAGACGUCAGUUCCCUUCAUGAAAACACGCAUGCUCCUCUGCUGGCACGCCACGUCCUGCUCCUGUUUAUUUAAUGAGUCAGUCCAAAUCAGCAAAGUUGAACAGGGGAGAAAAAAGUCUGAACACCUACAAUGUGGGAACUGACGACAGGCAUGUAUGAGUUUUAGCUUGCAAGGGCAAGAGAAGAGCUGAGUUUAUGACCUCAUGUAGUCCAAGUGAUGUCUGUGUGUGCUGGGACAGCUGCCUACCUGUUCCUGCAAGGAAUUUGAUCCUGCUGUAAAUGUCCUUCUGGCAGUAGCCUAUGUUUAAGUGGUUUGGGGUGGUGCUGGGCCAGGGUAAUGCUUAGUGGCAGAUGGAAACUUUGCUUAAGGCUGAGUCAAAUGCUUCUGGGUUCUGACUCCACCUUUUUUGCUUUACAACAUACUUCCUGAAUUUGCACCCCAAACCUGAACAAAGUCCAGCAAACUCAUUGCAAAGAUCCUGUCGAUUUCUCUUGGCUUUUUGGACAGCAAAUAGUUUAAAAAUUAUGGCUGUGCAUAUGCCAAGAUUUGCCUGGACUUUGCUUUUCCCAUGUGAUUGCAUACGGUCAGUCUCCACACUGUUAUUUCAGCAUUAUAUAUUUACACUUAGCUUUGAUAUAAACUAAUACCAAGUGUCCCUUUUUCUUUUUCCUCUCUUGCUUCAGAGGAAGCUGUCUUGGAGAGAUACCCGUUUGCUGAUUAUUAUGUUCAUGACACUAGGAAAAUGCAGCUCCAGUUUCAUAGCAGCAGCAGCAGCUUCAUUUGCUAAGCAUCCCUCCUGGUAAAGGGCACGAUGACUUUUGCAAAAAGACGUUCAGAAAGAGAUGUGGCUACCUCUGAGGGAAGGCGCAGUGAGUGCAUCACCACUGGCCAUUGAAUGGUGUGCAGCAGGGCUAUGCAAACAAUUGAAGUAGGAAAGGAUUAGUCAGAGAAACUGAGAAACUGCAGGUGGGGUUUCUUUUUUAAAACCAUGUCCACAAAAUGUGGUCAUUCCUUGGCUCGAUCUUCAAAAUGGAAGGAGACAAACAAAAUUCUCUAGGGACAUCCUUUGCCCAGUAUUUAUUAUUUCGUUUUUAGCAGAUCAAGACUCGCUGAAACUUCGUGUUUCCUCCCAUUAGAAUCAUCCCAACUCCUUUCAACUCAGGAAACCGAUAGCGCACUUUGUAGCUAAUGAUGAAAGUCAACAAAUAAGAGGGGUUUGGAAAAACGUUGGAGGUUUUGAAAAAUGCUUCUUGACAAAACAUUAUUUUUUUUAAUUAUCAAGUCUCAAUAUUUCUUUGAAAAUGCUGAAUGCAGUAGAACCCCAGAUACUUUGAUUUUUAAAGCAGUAUAUGGAUGUCUCAAGGAAGCUGAAAAUCCUGGCUGUUACCUAUGGGCUGGGUUCUUUAGUUUCGUUGUAUUUUCACAUUUAGUUCCUAUGAUUCUCUCCCUCACCAUGACACAUGCAGCUGGCGUCAGGACAUGAGAGCAAGUGGCACUCAAAUGACAAUUCCAGUGUAGCAUCACAGCACCAUUUUGGGCUAGAACAUUUCUCAAUUACUUUUUUUCACCCUGAAGCUGUUGCCCACAGAUAAUAAGUACUCACCUUGGCAAGUCCAAGGCUGGCCUUCAGCAUCAGCAGCACAUUGCCAUUGCUGUAUGGAUAUUUCUUCCAUGGUGCUGCAGCUUGGUUGUGCCUCCUCUUUGUAGCAGCAUGCCAUGGGCUAUGGUGCAUUCUCUCUGAUGUUAGAUCCCAGGAAAUGGUAAAUUAAAGCCAGUACCUCAGAGUCUUCCUAGUAUUUGCCAAUAGCAAUCGAGAAGCUCAUAAUCUUCCCUGAAAAAUGUCUCUAAUAGUCCUCACUAGUGGAUUGCCAUGUCUGCAUCGAUGUGAAUGUCUAGUCCCAUAUAAAGCUUGUUAAAGCAGACAGAUUUUAGGAGGUCAAGUCGUUCUCGUAGCGGGAAUUUAACCAAGGAAAUCUAACACUCCUUUUCCUGGAAGCAGGUGCCAUAGGAUUUAUGUAAACCAUGAAUAUUCACAUCUCAACCUGCCAGAAGUCUGUAAUCUUACAGAGCACAGCUUUAGACUUACAAAGGUGCCAGUUCUUUCGUUGUUUGUGCACAGCAGGAAGGAUCCCAGAGCUUUCCAUGGAAGCAGGAAUGCUUGUCAGAAUGCCUUGGUCUUUUCUGUAUCAUCUGUGUCAGAGAUUACAUUUCUUGAUUUACUGCGAUGUUCCCAUUCCUCAUAAUGGCCAUUUGGCACCUUCUGGAACUCUUCACCCCACUUUGGAUUUUUUUCGUAAGUUACAGAUGUAAAAGAUCCAAUAUUACAUUCUCUAAGACUGUAAAAAAAUUGGCACAUUCUAUCAAGCACCCUUGUGACAACAUAAAUCCUAAUCGAAAGCCUGAUGAGAUAGAAGACUUGCCAUUUGCUUCAAGUGGUCAAAGUCUUCAGGUAGGGCCACUGAAAGAAAGGGCUGCUAAAGGAUGUGCAUUUUAGAGGCUGUCCUUGACCUGCAGAGGGAACUUCCUAUGUCAAGUCCCUGUGCAGUGUCACUCCAAGAGGCUUUGAACUGAGAAGGUGCUCAGCAGCCGUGUAGGUGCAGCUGGUGGUACCUGCUCUGCUCUUUCCCAGGCACUCCGUGAAUCUGGUGCCAGUGUGGUACUUAACUCCAGUGUCUCUUGACCAGACAUCCAUUUAUAUUCUCCCAACGUGACUGUAAAUUGGAAAGCUUUAGUCAGUUGCGUUUUCUUUUGGGAGGAAUUAAAUUCCAUCUAGAAAACACUGUUUUUCUUUUGUUUUGGUUUUAGUCUUGCCUCUGGGAUAUGAGGUCCCACCUUGUCUCUGAUGCCUCUGUGUUCUUCCACUUUUACUUCCACUUCUUUUUCAGUGAAGUUUCUUUUAAUGUUUUAGACCAUCUAAUUUCUUCUUCUGCAGGACUGUCUUUCCACUCCACACUUUAUCUGUCACUGCCUGAUCUCAUCCCAUUUCCUGGAAUGCCCUGUGCUGUUUUUAUGUAUUGGUGGUCCAAGUACAAAUGGGAUAGUGGACAAAGUUUUGAGGGCUCCAGCUGGUCCUUGGGAAAAUAGUAUGUAUUCUGCCUUGCUCCUGUCCUUAACUCACCAGAGGCUCGUGAGACAGUAAUUUAAAGAGUUGCUCUGAGAAUUCAAAGCAGUAUCUGUCUCAUCCUGAGAAAGAUGCUUGUUCUGUGCUGUGAGAUGUGGCUAUGGAUGCCUGAAAAGAUGCAGGGAACUGUGGACAGUGCCAGCACUUGGCUGCUAUUGGGAUAUUUUCAGUAAAGACCCAUUAUUCCCAGGAGCUGAGCUUUAGCUGAUGCUGGUGUGUUGGUAAUUGCACUACAAGAGUCAGUAAUUGCAAAGGAAUUUAAAGGCUUCUGGUGAUGCCUCUUACAAUCAGCAUGGCUUUUGUGUUGGAAACAGUCUAGGGCCAAACCCAGGGCUUCACUUGCAGGGAUGUGACGAACAGGAUUAUGUCCUUUGGACGCAACAGAUAUGUGAAGCCAGCCAAAGUACCAAACCAGUUGGUGAAACAACCUCUGCUUUGUCUUUUCUGGGAAGCCUUUUUUGUGCCUGAACAGGCGAUGUUGUGGGCUGGUAGAGGUGAGAGGUUGGGGGGACAGUAUGAGGGGCAGGAAGGUUUCACAUAUGCUUGCUCUGUUCCUAUACUCUUCCCAGGAUAUUUGCUGUGGUCAGUGCUGGAUAUGCACAUGACAACAGUGUCAACAUUUUUAGACUCGUUCUCUUGUGGUUCCUCCAUAUUUUACAGCAGGAAUAAUGAAAACUGAGGCACUUGGGCAGUUCCUCUUUCAGUCAGGUCAAAGGCUCUGGAAUCUGACCACCCUGUCUUAUGUUCUAGGUUAUAUCCUCAAGAGUUUGCAAAAGGUACAAAAGCACUACCUCCUGCAAAGAUUUGCAGCGUUUGGUCAACAGUCUGAGCUGAAUCUUCACUCUGGUCCUCUGCUAGCACAGAACAUUUUAACAGCGAAUGGAAAAUAUCCUCCUAUUUGAAAUCCUCGUUUUUAAUCCUGACUCUGCCUCAGGCAGGAAGUGAAAGGACCAAAAGACAAACUCUCACCAAAGAAAAAAUGUCACAUCUUAAUUGCUUUUACCUGGGCCAUGGCAGUUCACUCACAGACUGGCCUCUGAAGACUGAUGCUGUGACUGAUGAACAGCACAGAAUUAAGCCAUGUAAAUCCUCUGGCUGUGCUUUCUCUUCUGUAAAUUAAGCUUACAGAUACUUACCUGUCUCUCACAAGCAGUGAUGUGGAAGAUAAUCAUUUGCAGACUUUGGAAAGCACUCUUAAGACACAGAGACCUAAAUCUUAAAUGAUCAUGACCUUUUCAAAAAUCUGAAAGGAAUCAAAUAUAAAGUACGCAUCAUGAAGUCAGAGAUGCGUUGUGCUAAAGUAUGAAUGACUGUGACAGAAAGGAGGUCCAGUGUAUGCAUUUAACUGGGCAAACUCAGGAGAAGCAGGGGAGCUAGUGUCUGUGAGUUGCAUGUCAAAAAGUGGACGUGAUAUAGUCAAAAGAGGCAAAAUGCCCUGUUAUAUCUGCCUCCUUCCAUCUCCAUCUAGGAUGCCAUGAAAGCUUAGGUUCAGAUAAAAUAACAGACCUCACCAUGGAUUCAAGUUUAAAUUAGGAGCCUUGACAGCUUCAUUGCUGUCUGGUUUCAAUGGAGGAAAGCUUUUCACCUAAAAAGCAAGUCAUCUGAGCAGUGUGAGCAAAAAGGGACAGGGUAAGCAGGUGGAUAAAGAAUCUAAGACAAUCACAGAAUUAUUAAGGCUGGAAACGACCUCUGAGAUCAUCGAGUCCAGCCUAUGACCUAACACAACUCCAUCAGCUAGACCAUGGCACUACGUGCCACAUCCAGCCUUUUCUUAAACACCUCCAGGGAUGGACAGUGACUCCACCACUUCCCUGGGCAGUCCAUUCCAAUGCCUGAUCACCCUCUCCGUAAGGAAGUGCUUCCUGAUAUCCAACCUAAACCUCCCCUGGCGCAGCUUCAGGCCGUGCCCUCUCAUCCUUGUCACUGUUUGCCUGGGAGAAGAGCCUAAUAAGUCUCUACAAGUGCCUGAGGAAGGCUGUAGUCAGGUAGUGAUAAGGUUCCCCCUAGGCUAAAUAACCCUGGCUCCCUCUGCUUCUCCUUUUAAGACUUUUCCCUUGGUCCCUUCACCGUCCUCCUUGCUCUCUUAACGUGACGCUGGAGGAAGCCAUCUUUUCCUUGGUGUUUUGGUACAGAUAGCAUCAAAAAGACUGCAGACACCUGUCCAGCACAGAGCAGAGACGAUGCAAAUCCCUGCCCUCUGACUGCCCAAGGUUUGAGGGGAGAGGCAGAGGCCAAGCGCUGACGUUUCUGGCGCGCUCUGACACUGCGCAACAAGGAAGCGUGCAGCGUGCCAGCGUGGAGCUCUGAUAAGCUGCUCCUGGCUGCCAGCCAGGACCGCAGGGAAACAACGGUACAGUCCUGGAUCUGGGAUUGACCCACAUUCCUCCUUGCAGGAUAGCUAGUACAAAUGCUCCUCAGAUAAACGCCUGGUAGCCAUUAUCCUCCAGGGACAAAGACCUCGUUUAUCUAUGCGAGUGCAUCGGUGGAAACCACGUCCACUUGCUGCUUCGGUUUUGGGGAGGAGGGUACGAGGAAUGAUCUAAAACUUUCUCCGGGCAUUAAGCAACGUGUUGAGGCAUUUGCCACUUAAAAUACUCGGUCUGGUGAGAAGUGAUAAAGAGCCUGAUUUGGAUCCUGGAGCUCUGGGUCUUCAUGUGUGUGCACCAGCUAGGGAAAUAAUGUUCACACGGUGUUCGUUCUCCGCAUGGGCUCUUUACAUACAUUUGUGACCAGCUAGCACCGUUUCACCACUGCAGAUGUGAAUGCAUGCAGAAGAAGCUGGAAGAAUGCUUUAUUGAGCGACAUGAAGAAUCAUUAAGCAGGCUAGGAGCUCAACCUCAAAUCCUGAAGCCAAGUUCAUUGUUAGCUAACAACUAUCACCUACAUAAACUAAGUUAAUGUCAAGGGUUUAUAAAUAUACUUGAGUAUUGAUAUCAGAGCUUUGAUACCAUGUCAGUGCAAGGUGAUCACUUCUCUUUUUUGAGGAAUGGAAGGGGAGAAGUAGGAGUUAUCUUCCCUCUGGGAUGGAUUUUUUAAUAGAAAAGGAAAAAAAAUAUCUUUCAUUGAAGACAUCACAGUACGGUUACUUAACAUACUUAGUGUCAGCAGAUGUAUUAUCCUCAGCAGUGAUGAAAUCUCAUUUGGAUUUAACCACUGAUCUUGGUGCCAGCAGGAGGUGAGGACUGUGGACAUCUCAGCAGGCCAGCUGCUCUCACUUGAAGUCUUGAUCAAGAAACAUUUAUACUCCUCUUUCCCAAGGCCACAGAUGCUGUUUGCAAGGCAGGCAGGCUUACAACAGGAACCAGUGCCAGGAAAUGGAUUUUGAGCCAGCCCUGUUGUAAUGCAAAGUCAACAGUGUGGUUUUAAAGCCACGGAGACCAAGAAAUUUGGUAUUAGAUGUUCUUUGGGAUAGCUUUUGCUUGCUCCUUCUGAUAACAAUGCUGAGAAAAUAAUAGACUUCUUUUGCAAGCAUGUAUUUAGUAACUGAAGCUAAAAUGUACGUGGCACAUCAGUGCAGCUUAAGUUAAUUGUAGUUACAUGUUGCAGAAAGAAAUCACCAAGGGAAAUCUCUCAAGGAAACUGUUUACACAUGCUUGGAUCCCCCUGGAUUACAUUUCCACAGAAAAAGUUGUGCUUAACCAUGAAAAGUACUCCAAAUACUGAUUUUUGGAUUUUAGUUUUCUUAAGAACAAGAAGAUGGGCCAGGGCCUUCACCGGUGUGUGUUAAUGUAAUUUCCUGAUCUUUGAGAGGCCCGUGGACUUCUGAUGGAGAUGAUGCAUCCUUAGCAGCAUAGGCAUUUGGUCUGAUCCUCUAAAGAUUAUCAUGUUUAGUAGAAGAGCAAUAAAGGAAUAUUUUUAAAUCUUGUUAUAUAACAGAGAUAUAUAUAUAUGAGAUAUGCCUCUGUUAUAUAUAACAGAGGCAUUUUAUGUGCUCACGGUAUUAUUAUGACAUGGUGCCUCCUACAAAAAAAUGUUUUCUAGCUGGUCAGUGUUGAUGCAGAAGCAAAGCUUCCUCAUUUUUUGGUCAGUUUUCCUUCUCUAUAUCCUUCUUGCAGAGUCUGCUGUGGUUCUUCAAGUCUCCCAAGACCCCAGCAGGACCAGGCUCUUGUAGUGGAUAGAUUUAACUUAACGAUAUUCUAGUCCUAUGUGAGGACAUAGGCUGUCUGGCAUCCUGUUGUGAGGGGCUGACAACAUAGUGUCAGCUUUGGAGGGGUGUCUGGGCUGAGGAAAACCCCAUUUCAUGAAGGCAUUUGUGACCUUUUACACAUAGUAAUUCAAAUACAUGUGACCAAGCUAGCCCAGCUCUCUCUGCCUCCCUGCACUGUCCCACAAUAGGUGCUCCAUUGCCAUUACUUUCCUGAGGACCAGCGUGGAGGUAAUGUGUUUGCCAUCCCUGAAUAUUGCAGUCUUUGGAGAAUAUAGUCUUAUUUAGACUUCCUGUGUCACUCUCCUGGCUCCACUUUUGUAAGGUCACCCAGAAAGCACCUGCUGUACAGGAUAGAGCCCAUGAGUAGCACUACAGUUAGGUGAGCAUAACUCUGCUAAUGCACCUUGAGCCUCUUUUUCUGAAUUGCUGCUUCUAUAUUGCCCAAGGAAGUUGUGGCUACCCCCUCCCUGGAAGUGUUCAAGGCCAGGUUGGAUGGGGCUUUGAGCAACCUGGUCUAGUGGGUGGUGUCCCUGCCCAUGCAAGGGAGUUGGAACUAGGAUGACCUUUAAAGUCCCUUCCAACCCAAACCAGUCUCUGAUUCUGUGAUAUGGCAAUCUGAGGCUGACUCACUCACCACUUUGUGAGGGUGAAGAUUUUGAUAAGUCCCUCUAGAUUCAGGGACAGCAGGACCACUCCUAAGUCAUGAGGAGUCUGCAGCCGAGGUACACAAUCUGCCUUAUUAUCCACUUAAAGGUGCCUUGUCCUGGUUCCUUUCAGGACAACUCCAAGUUGCUGUUUGGCUUUCAAAUAUAACUAUGCACCAAAGGUGAGAGACUACAUUAUCCCUGAAGACAGGAGGGAGAACGUGAUGUCCUGGUGUGUGAUGGGGACAGUGAGUUUCUUUUUUUUAUUCUUUCAGCAAUCUCUCCUCUUAUGCGUGUCUAUGUGCUUUUAUUUCUACAUGAACACAAAUUGCUCUAAUUAGGAGGGAGGAUUCUUGUAUUUUUAUAUGCUAAGCCAUUUGAUUAAUUACUUUAAUAAAAAGACAGACAGAUGAACUCUGAAAUUCACUGCCGUCUGCUCCAGUACAAUCCAAUAUCACUAACACAACGGUAUCUGUCUUCAGAUAAAACCUUAGUUUAGUGGUUACUCUGCCUUGGAGUAACUAUUCCACUGAAUGAGUACGUGUGCCAUAUGAGUGUGUUGAUCUUUGUGAACGUCUGUAACUGUGCCUGUUUUAAAAUGAUGGAUUUGAUCCAUGUGACUCUGUAUCAGCCUUUUCAUUAUCUACCAAGAACAGAUGUAUGUGCACAUGUGAGGGAAAAAAAAAAAAAAAAAAAAGA